AUGCCCAUUCUUAGGUCUGGUUGUGCGUACGACAACGGUUGGGAUUACGGCGUCUAUUCUACUGACGCCGGUACCACCGGUGACGGCCCCCCAGCGAAGCCCAAAGACCCCAAAGCUCCCGUGCAAGAAUACUUCUGGCCUGUCCUCCGAAAGCACGGCCUUGGCCAAGCCGAACCCGGUGAACGUCCCGUCAAGUGCGCCUGUCCCAUCUGCUACGACCACAUCAGCAUGGCCGGCCUCUCGACCCCGGAAGAAGGAGGCAAGCAAGGCCUCAUCGCUCCCUGUGGCCAUGAUCCCGAGACCUACGAGUUCACUGAACGCAAGUGCCCGGUGUGUCGUCUUCUGCUCCAGUGCUACUCGUGCACCCACACGGUUAUGAAGGAGCCCAUCCCCGACGCCACCUGUGAUGUCGAAGAGCUCGAAUGCGUCCCCAACUCCAUGACGGAGACUUCUGUGCCGUACCAGGCCAUCUGUGUCGAGUGCUGCUUCACUUUUGACGAAAUCUUGAAGUACUAUGAGCCUGGUGAAUCCAUCGGCUGGUGGUUCAAGCCCCGCGCCCCCGGUGAAGAACGAGCUUGA